AUGUCCGCGGCGGCGACGGGCGAGGAGACGAGCGCGACGUCGAGCGUCCUCUUCAGCGUGCACAAGCACCUCCAGUCGAAGUGCGCGAGUCGCAGCGCGGCGUACCUGGCGUGCAAGAAGAACGACAAAAACCCGGAGGCGUGCCUGCGGGAGGGCAACGCGGUGACCGCGUGCAUGGCGGACCUGCUCGGGGAUCUGAAGAGCAAGUGCCCGAAGGAGUUGAACGCGUACGCGGAGUGCAUGGAUUACCGAUCCAACACCUUCGACAAAUGCCGCAGAGAGCAAGCCGCCUUCGAGGAGAAGUGUCCCUUGUAG